GUGUUUUGAAAGAGACGGCGGCGUUUUCCUUCUCCUGCUUCAAAGAACGGUUCAUGAUUUGGUAAUACGCGAUGAAAUAAUGUCGACGAAAUACGUAACCCCGGGUCGAAGAUUGUGUUAUGCCGACAAUGUUGCGGCUGGACCAGGCACAUAUUUGCGUGGCGAAUACAUUUAUUCCAGCGUCGUUGGUGCUGUUCGGGAGCUAGCACCAAGUGCAGAAGGAGAACCAAGAACCAUAACUGUAACACGAGAGAAAAUUCAAUCCAUAAUUCCCGAAGUAGACAGUAUUGUUACUGGUAGGGUCAUUCGCAUGUCGACUAAAGAAGCAGUAGUAUCCAUAAUGGUUGUCGGAAAUAUACCAUGCACCGGAGAUUUUCAAGGCAUUAUUCG